CACUGACCGGGAAGCAUCACAAGGACUCAAAAGUAAGAGCCCAGGACGUGAGACCUCACGGACACCACCACAGUCCGGCCAAUCAGCACGGGCUAGCCGCCACCUUGAACUACCAUCAGCAGCUCCGGAAAGAGUUAGGCAUGCCCCAAGCUCACCCCAGUCCGACCAGCACCCCCACGCACGCUCUCUCGACGCCGCCCUACAGCUACCCGUACUCCAACAUCAUCACUCCGUUGCCGAGUUCGAGCGACAGCAGCCUUCACGCCUCGGCCGACAGCUCACCCGUAACGCCGACGUCAACCUACGCUCAAGAUUACAAGAUAUCCCUGGGCUACGAGGCCAACCUGAAGAAAUACCACGACGCGUUUCAAAGCCUUCACGGCCACUGCUCAACCCCGCACCUCCCAUCGGCUACUCUGACUCUAUUUGAACAGCCGCUGUCCGGCUCUGACCCCAAUCUGCGAAGCGACCUGAAACAGAACGUGAACUUUCCCUACUACGAUAACAUCUCAAGCGCGAGAUCCAGAGCGAACCAACCAGGGGACAUUACGUACGUCAACGAGACCCUGGCCUUUGUUGAUCCGCACGGACCGCCCAAGCUUCCCAGUCGACCGUCGAAAUCAUCAUCGUCUCUGCCCACGUCGUCG